UGCGUGAACGAAAGGGAAUUUUUUCAAACGAAGAAUUAGAUUUUAUACGAAUAUGUUUUCAUCAUUAUUAUAGCUGCAUUGAUAAAUUUGGAAAUUAAGUGUUUUUCCCAUCAUGGAACUAUCUUAUAAAUCUAUUAGUACGUUUCUUAAAUCUGAGCCAGGAAACUUCCAGUUAUUUGAUGAGUUUUCAUACACUCCUGAUAGUAAUUGUAUAGAUCGCAUCUGUGAUGCAUCAUAUGAGUCAUUUUUUGUAGAAUAUUUAUUGGGAAAUAAACCCUGUAUAAUAUCGGCUGAUAUUCAGAACUGGAAGUCAAGUCAAGAAUGGAUUAUUAAUGGCAAACCAAAUUUUGAUUAUUUGAUUAAAGAAUUCGGCUCUGCAGAUGUUCCUGUUGCAGACUGUGGCAUAAAAGACUACAAUUCACAACUCAAAAGCAACAUGAAAUUCAAAGAUUACAUUAAAUAUUGGAAGAAGUUAAAUCAAGAAACUAAUAAUUGCCCCUCUUUAUACUUGAAAGACUGGCAUUUUAAUAGGAAUUUUCCUAAAUAUGGAGCUUAUGUGACGCCUAUUUUCUUCAAAUCUGAUUGGUUAAAUGAGUUUUGUCAAAAAGAAAAUGAUGAUUAUGAAUUUGUUUAUAUGGGCCCCAAAGGAACUUGGACCCCUCUACAUGCUGAUGUGUUUGGCUCCUAUAGUUGGUCUGUAAAUAUUUGUGGCCGUAAAAGAUGGUUACUUUUCCCUCCUGGAACAGAAAAACUUUUGCAAAAUGAGUUUAAACAAUUGAUAUAUAAUGUUGAACUUACUGAUAUUAUAGAAAAGAAAGUUCAACACUUAGAUGUAAUACAAGAAACUGGAGAAAUUAUUUUUGUUCCUAGUGGCUGGCACCAUCAGGUGUGGAAUUUAGAGGACACAAUUUCCAUCAAUCAUAAUUGGUUUAACGGAUGUAAUAUUAAUUACAUUUGGAAAUGCCUUUAUAAAGCAGCUUUGGAUGUAAAAAAAGAAAUAGAUGAUUGUAAAGAAGAUGAUCAUUUUGAAGAACAAAUGCAGCUAAUGUUAAAAGUCCACCAUGGAAUGAAUUAUGAAGAAUUUUUGAAAAUACUUAAUUUCAUUUUCAAAUCUAGAGAAAGCAGUAUUCAAAAUCACCAUUGUAACGCAAGUAGUUAUUGGCAACAAGUAUUUGAUAUAGUAUGUGUUCGAAACGUUUGUAGGGAUAUGAUGAAAAAUGAACUCCCAUCAUGUGUACUUGAAUGCAUAAAAAACCUUCAAAACAUCACUAAAGAAUUUCUCUGUAAAGAAACUAACGUCAUUAGUAGAUGAUGACAAACUUUGUGUAUUGUAAUUGUCAACAAACUGAAAUAUCCUGCAAAAAUAUUUGCCAAUAAAAAGCA